UAAACUAGAUUACUCCAACAGACACAUAACAACACACAUUUGCACACUAACAUCAAACGCAAAAAUGAGUUGCUCUGCUCAACUGAAGAAGAAAGUUGGAGGCCUUGAGCCUGUCGACCCAAACAGUCCAAAGAUCAUCGAGAUCGCGAAUUGGGCCGUUAAGGAACACAACAAGGAAGGAGGAAUACCCCUUGAGUUUAUCAGGGUUAUAAAAGCAGAACAACAAGUGGUUUCCGGUAUGAUGUACUACAUUGUUCUUGAGGCAACUAAUGGAUUGCUUAUCCAUGGUGCACCCAUCACCAAUGAAUACUUUGCCAAGGUUUAUGAUCAGCCAUGGACUCACACCCGCAAACUCGAAGUGUUCGAGCCUAUGUUGCAAGACAAGCCACGUAUCGCCAUUGCAAACUAGAAUAACCAACAAUCUUCAAUGCUGCACUAAAGAGUGUGCACAUUAUAUAUAAAAGUGUAUGAAUAAGUGUUUGAUGUUGUUGGGGUGUUAAAAUGGGCCCACCAUUUUAACCUAAAAGCCAAUAAAAUCCACUCAAGCCCAAUAUCCCUUACAAGGCCUCAAAGGCCCAACAAAGGCACUAUAUAUACCCCUCAAAGGGCAAGGUAAAGAGGCCAUUCUCUAACCCUAGAGAAGCCACCCUACUCUCUCUCCCCUAAACACCUCAUUUUAUACAUCAAUUGUACUGACUUGAGCGUCGGAGGCUCCGCCUCGGGGACCCCCCCUUGGCCCGGAGUUCAUCUUGCAGGCACCGUACGUGAUCGGAACUCAAGACAUCAAGGACGCUCCUUCCAUCGUUUCAACCCCGGAACAGAUGUGCUUAGUUACAUCUAAACAACAAUGAACUACUACUACUACUACUACUAAUACUACUGUUACUUAGAACGAAUGUCUUUCAGCUCCGUUUGGUAGGGUGUAAAACGUUUUCAUUGUAAAAUGAUUUAUACUAAUUUUAUAAUAAACCAUAGCACAAAGUGGUUAAUAAA